AUGGGAAUCAUUUCUGGCUCUUCAGUUAUCGGUUCCACAGGUGGCUCCGGUACUGACUCUGCCCAGUCCACUACCACUGCCAGUGCUGCUUCCACCUCUGCUACUUUUCAUCAACGCCGUGUGCUGUCUAGUUUUGUCCAUGAUUUCUUUCGUAACUCAUCAUCUACCUCCAACGACUUGACCCCUAACGCUAAAAAAUUGUCUUCUACCUCUCCGCUUUUUGGCGACUCCUCUGACAAUAGCAUCAGCACCGGCUCCAUCGCAAACACAUCGUUGGGAAACUUGAGCGGUGCUGCCACCGGUGCCACGUCCUCAAUGAACGGGGGCUCCACCACAGAACCACCUGCUACCGAUUUGGACCUUAAUACCGUGCUCGGUGAUUUGGAUUUGGAUUACAACGAACCUACCCGUCGUCCAAGCAGUAAUGGGACCUCCUCUGCCACGUCUUACAGGUUAGCGGACCCUGGUGCUGCGAGCCAACAACCUCCGAACGCAAAAACCUCUUCUGCUUCUUCUAAUUCCUCUUCUGGAACUAUCACCGCCGGAUCUUUGAACCCUGAGAAAAAAAAACAUCAACACUCAUGGUCUUUGGCAUCGAAUUUUGUACCAGGCCAGCCGGAUUCUUCAUCGUUUGAUCCAACAAUCACCCCACUUGACCAUAUUAAAUCUCGUUUUGCACAUGCUGCCAGUAGAUCGGUGUCUGGGCCUUCGUUUACCUCUUCUUACUUGGAAAAUAAAAUUAAUUUGGAUAGUUUGAAUAAAAACGGAUCAGGGGAGAACCUUCUUUUGCAUGGAACUCGCUCAGGUGGCUCUAGUGGUACUAAUUAUUCAGCCGCUGGUUACAAGCUCGGUAAUGCAAAUAUCAACAAUGACGCUAAUAGCAGUUUUGAUGAAUCAAGAUCCACCGCAAACUAUCCGCUCUCUGAAAUUGAUCCAAAUUUGAUAUCCACUAAUUUUUCCGGAUCCAGUAAUAAGGUACCGAUCAUGAAUCACCCAAAUGGCGUUCAACAACAGCCAGCCCUUUGGCAAAAACCAUUGAAAACUAGAUUCAUCGAUCAUCAGAAUAAUGCUUCCGGUGCCAACCACAAAAGAAGUUGGUCAAUUGCCAGCUACUCUGUGGUCCAGAAUGACUCUGACAAACCAAACUCCAUGGGCUCUCACAACCCUACCAAUGUGAUUUCCAACAAACCCAAUUCGGCUGACAUGGAGUCGGAGUUGGCGGUGGUGCAAGAGAUUCCUACUCCAACAUCGGCUUCUACUUCUACUUCUGGGUCAGUGACUAGAUCGAAUAGCAUGAGUUUUAGCCAAAGUUACCAACAGCAGCAACCACAGCAACAGUCUCAACAACCAAGGCAAUAUAAUGGUUAUGCAAUGAAUAAUAACGCUCCUCAAGUGGGGUUGAAUGGUUAUGCUGCUCAACCACAAGUUAACCCAAUGGCUGGAAUGAACGUUAAUCCAAUGAUGGGAAUGAACGGAUUAACCAAUAUGAAUCUUAUGAACAUGAAUAUGAACCUCGCUGGAGGUGUUGCUGGCGCUCCUUCUAGUGCCCCUGGAUCAGGGUAUCCUCCUAAUAUGCCGUUGCAGGUUUCAAAUGGCUCUAUGAUUCACAACCUUGGUAAUAAUGGAUCAGGAAUGGUCAUGCAAAUGGCACCACCACAAUUCAUGUCUAUGAAUAACCAUCCAUUGGCUCAAAAUCCUCAUAUUCUGCAGCAAGAUGUCAAUAAUAGAAUGACUGGUCAACAGCCACCUCAGCAACGUGAAUUGAACAAUAUGAGAUUGGGUGGUAAUCCUGGAAAUAAUGGAUUUAACCAACAGUCCGGCUUCCAAAACAAUGGAUACCAAAAUAAUUACCAAAGACGUUAUAAUAACAAUAACAACAACAACGUUAAUCCUAAGUUUAUGAAAAAUGGUGAUUCAGGGUUUGCUAAUGGCAACUUGAACAAUAAUAAGUUUGCUAAUAAUGCGAAUGGAUUAGGUGCUGGAAAUUCGAUGGGAUCAGGGAAUAACUUUUCCAACGGAUCUAAUAACAAAUUUGGGUUCGGUAAUCAUGGCCAUCCAAACUCAUUCAACAAUAUGGAAGCUAAUUCCAAUAAUGGAAAUAGAAAAAGAUCCGGAAAUGGUGAUGAUGGAUCCAGAUUUGUCAGUGUCACUAUUGACGAUUUUAAGGGUCAAGUUUAUUCAUUGUGCAAAGAUCAGCAUGGAUGUAGAUUUUUGCAAAGACAAUUAGAUCUAUAUGAUGUGAAUUCUAAUAGUCACAAUAACAAUCAAUCCAGUGAUUCCAACGAUGCUGCUAGUGGUACUAAGAGCCGCCCAGAAAAUUAUGCUGCCACGAUUAUUUUCAAUGAAAUUUAUCUUCAUAUUGUUGAAUUGAUGACUGACCAGUUUGGAAAUUAUUUGAUUCAAAAGUUGCUUGACCAAAUCACCACAAAGCAACGUAUCACCUUGAUUAAAAACCUGUCUUCUAAUUUCAUUUCUAUUGCCUUAGAUUCACAUGGUACCAGAGCAUUGCAGAAAUUGAUUGAUGUGAUUUCUACUCAAGAAGAAAAUUUGAUCAUCAUUGAUGCUUUUGCUAAUGAUAUUGUUUCUUUAUCUCGUGAUUUGAACGGUAAUCAUGUGGUACAAAAGAUCUUGACAAAAUUCAAUUACCGACCAGAAAAUAUUCAAUUUAUUUUUGAUGCUGCUUGUGAACAUUGCAUCAAGAUUUCUACUCAUAGACACGGGUGUUGUGUGUUACAACGCUGCUUGGACUACGGGUCUUUGGAUCAAUGCAAGCAAUUGUCACUUGUGAUUGCCCGUAACUGUCUUAAUCUUGCGGUUGAUCCAUUUGGUAACUAUGUGGUGCAAUACGUUUUGUCAAAGGGUGAAGAAGAAAGUAUCGGCAUUAUUGUGGAAUCAGUCUUACAGAAAGUCUUAUUUUUGUCAACCCAUAAAUUCGGUAGUAAUGUUAUUGAAAAAGUGUUACGUAUUGACGGGUUGAGCUCAUUGGUUAUUGAAGAAAUUUUGAAGAGCUCAAGUACUGGACCAACCACCAAUACAAUGAUUACUACUGAUGGUGACAUUACUUCACCGGAUUCCUUUAUGGUGACUCAAAACAUUUUCCUUUCAAAGCUUCUCCAUGACCCAUAUGGAAAUUAUGUGUUGCAAACUGUUCUUGAUGUAGCUGAAAAACCAACGAAAUUCAAUCAAUUAGCAGAUUUGAUUCGCCCGUUGUUACCAACUGUGAGAAAUACUGCACAUGGAAGAAGAAUUGCGACGAAAGUUGCUGUAGUAUCCGGAGGAAGUUUGGAUGCUUGA